ACACACACACACACACACACACACACACACACGGUUUCUCUGUGUAGCCCUGGCUAUCCUGGAACUCACUCUGUAGCCUAGGAUGGCCUCAGACUCAGAGAUCUGCCUGCUGGAUUCCUUUCAGUGAUUAAAAAAAAAUGUUUCCGAUCUACUCCAUUAAGUCCUUACAAGCCACGUCACAUGAACUUGUUAGCUAGGUGUUACGGUAUUUCUCUACUUUUUGGGUGUAGACAGGGUUGGUCAUGUAUGUUCCUACACACAGGUCUCCCAUUGUUUAGUUAGUUGACUCUUCCUUGGGCCUUUUCCCCUAUGCCCAUCUCUUCCUCUCUUUCUUUCUUCUGUGCUGACGGGUCACACACUGUCAAUCUGGUUAAUUCUCAUUCUGUCUGUCUGUCUGUCUGUCUCCCCCCCACCACACUGCUCUGCAUUCUCUGGGCUCUUUGGGCCCCAGUCUACGGUGUGUUCAAUAGAACUCAAAGCUCAUUAUUUUAAGAGUAAAUCGAAACCUUUUCCCUAAUACUUCAUUCAGGAAACACAAGAUAGCGUCUUCCAGUUAGGAACUUUAGUGCUGAGGAGAACUGGGCUGUAGCUAAGUCUCUUGGAACUAUCUGCACAGGAAGUCUGCGAAGACUUUGCCCUGGCCUUUCCAGCUCCAGGAGAGGCCAAGCAACUUGUUUUGUUGUCUGCCCUUGUGUAUGACAGCCAAGGUGAGUGCAGUGUCCACCCAAGGCCUUGAGCUGGCUGUAUUGAGAAUAAACUUACAUUUAUUAAGAAGCCAUUUCCAGUAUAACUUUCCAUGCAACGUAGUCAUGUCAGACUCCUGUCAUAUCAGAGGAACAAUUGGUUUGCCUGGAGCACCCAAGAGAAGCUGGACCACGAGGUCUGGAAGACAUCAAAGGAGAUCAUCUUUGGAGGUUGGCCCCAGAAGGAGCUCCGCUGUACGUGAUAGAAAGCAUAUAGAGGGGGAGGUUUGCUUAUAGGUUCCUAGGAUGGGUAGCAUAGGAUUGGGGUAUAUUGAACGCAGAAAGCACUUCUAGAAAAUGUCAGUACUCAGGUUCUCUAAGGCGACUCCUUAGGGUGUGGAGAGGUAGGUUGCAAAAGGACUUUAGAGCUCCAAAGUGCAGCCCAGUGGAGUUCUUGAGGUCAUUAACAUUCACAGCAGAGUGGGCUGGUCUGGCCCUCACAGCUUUAUCUAAAUGAUGAUAAGAAAGGCCGUGCCUGCCCCUGGUAAGAGACGGCAUAACUUCCUUGGGAGUGGGGAGUUUACUGUCCUUUUGACUCACCAAAGUCCUUGACCUUUUCCUGGAGAGGCUUUCUUGGUCUUUGGGGGUGGAAUCUGGUUAGACCACAGGAGUCUGAAGUCCUGUGGGUCUCUUGGUUACUUGGGCCUCCAGGGCAUUUGUUUGUGGCCUGCAGGAGAAGGUGGAGUGGGUGUUGUGGGGUGUGUAAGAAAACAGAUGUGUUCCUCAGAGGCAGCUCAGAUAUUUUGCUUGCAAGUCUAGCCUGGGGUCUGACUUUAGUUUGCUUUGGGCUACCUCAGCAGGUAGCUAGCUACUUGCCUUGCAACCUUUGUGUGUGCUGUUUUAGACUCGGAUCCUCAGGUACCUGUCAGGGCUCUUUGAGCAGAUUUAACCUGCUUUGUUUGGCAAAGGCCCUUUGUUUUUCCCUCAUCAAGUUCCCUGUUCUCUGGGGCCUCUUCCUGCGGUUCUUCUGAUUGGGUAUUGGUCACAUUUUUGCCUCUGGGCCUCUCUAGCUGCUACACGCUAUUUUUGUUCUGUGAGUAGCAGGACUCAGCAGGAGCUUUGCAGAGGGAAAUGAGACAGCCCUUUGUUUUGGAGUAAUCCUAGCAUGAAGGAUGGGGAAUGUAGGGCAGCGACCGGGAGACCAGCCAACACAUACCUCUUUAUGGUACAAGCUAGAGGCAUCAUGCUGAGAGAAAAUGUGAAAACAAUUGGACACAUGAUCAGGCUGUAUACCAAUAAAAACACUACGCUCAAUGGGACAGAUUAUCCCGAAGGCAAUAAUACAAGUGACUAUCUUGUUCAAACAACAACGUAUCUUCCGCAGAACUUCACGUAUUCACCGCACCUCCCCUGUCCAGAGAAGCUGCCUUAUAUGCGGGGAUUCCUCAGUGUCAACGUGAGUGAAAUCAGCUUUGAUGAAGUCCAUCAGCUCUUCUCCAAGGACUCGGAGAUUGAGCCGGGAGGCCACUGGAGGCCCCAGGACUGCAAGCCUAGAUGGAAGGUGGCAGUUCUCAUCCCCUUCCGUAACCGCCAUGAACACCUCCCGAUCUUUUUCCUGCACCUGAUCCCGAUGCUCCAGAAACAGAGGCUGGAAUUUGCCUUUUAUGUCAUCGAACAGACCGGCACACAACCGUUCAAUCGUGCCAUGCUCUUUAACGUGGGUUUCAAAGAGGCCAUGAAGGACAGAGCCUGGGACUGUGUGAUCUUCCACGACGUGGAUCAUCUUCCUGAGAACGAUCGGAACUAUUACGGAUGCGGGGAGAUGCCGCGGCACUUUGCAGCGAAGCUGGACAAGUACAUGUACAUUCUUCCUUAUAAGGAGUUCUUUGGUGGGGUGAGUGGCCUGACAGUGGAGCAAUUUAGGAAGAUCAAUGGCUUUCCCAAUGCCUUCUGGGGAUGGGGAGGAGAGGAUGACGACCUUUGGAACAGAGUUCACUACUCUGGAUACAAUGUAACCCGGCCAGAGGGGGACUUGGGAAAAUAUACAUCUAUUCCCCAUCACCAUCGAGGGGAAGUACAAUUUUUAGGACGGUAUAAAUUACUUCGCUAUUCUAAGGAGCGUCAGUUCAUUGAUGGAUUGAACAAUUUAUUAUACACACCCAAAAUACUGGUUGACAGGCUGUAUACAAAUAUAUCUGUAAACCUCAUGCCGGAGUUAGCUCCAGUUGAAGACUAUUAAAAAGAAGUCAUUCCCGUGGUGGGGUAGACCACAGCACUGAAUCAUGAACUUGGCUUGGAAUGCACUCACCGUGGAAGUUAGAGAUUGGUGUGUAUCUCAGUGUCCCAGUCUGUAAAAAGAACCAGCAGUCCUUAAUGUUUACAGCGUGGGCUCCAUCCGUCACACUCCCCACUCUCCUCCCUGCUGGGAGCACCUCCCAUGGCGAGCACUGUCGAGAUACAAACCCAUUGCUUGGGAUUGGAAGUGAAGAAAACUCCCUACACAGAGAAGAUUUUUUUUAUACUGAAAUCUAUAAUUUAAUUCAAGAGAAUGCUUUUAUUUCCGUUCAAACAUAUUUUGUACAUAUGUGAUGUAAAUUAAAUAUGUUCAAAUUGUUGGAAAAUAAGAUGUCAUAAUUUUGCAUGUAAUUGGUUAUGCCUUCAUUGGACUUUUAUAGACAUUUUUUUUAUUUGCAUGGGGGAAAAAACUGUAGAUUUAUGUCGCCAGACAAAGGUUAAGCCUUGUGUGAAAUGAAGGGACUGUCAGCGACGGACAAAGAUAAUACCGUAACUGUUUCGUUGAACUGGUGUUCAGCUUUAGGCCUUCAGCCUCAUGGGAAGAGGCACAGUCCUCUGAGGGCUUUGAAGGAAGGAAGGAAGGACUCGAAUAGCUUUUCUUCCUGCCAGGAUUACCUGUUUUGUUUGUUUGUUUUUUUCACUUGCUUGCAGUCUCAUCAGAUCUUGCCAAGUCAGCAGCCAUAUUGUUUAUGCAUACUGCAUGAGUAUUACCAAGAAAAUCUUCAGAGUUGUAAAGUGACAUGCUGUACAGGACCUCUUCGUGUUAAAUGUCUCUAUGUACCUCUGCUGUGUCAGGGAUCUUGUGCCUCAAAAAAAAAAAAUGUCCCCAAGGUUGUGUUUAUACACGGUCUAUAUUUUUUUCAAUCUCAUAAUGAACAGCAUUAUUAUUUCCACUUUAGAAGAACCAAAAGAAGGUAUCUUCUUUUAAAAACAUUUUUUUUAAAGAAUGAAUUUAUGGAAAAUCCAGUAGUGCUUAUACAGAUGAAUUAUACUAUUAGAUGAGAAAUUAGAUGCUCUAUUUUUAUGAAGAUAAAUGCUUAGAUUAAAACAGACUUUAACUUUAAUUCUCAAACGUACAUAGUUCCCUUUCACAUCAGCCAGUCACUUGAACUGUUUUUUUUUUCUUUUUUUCCGCUUUCAAGAAAUCUCUGGUGUUAUUCAAAUUUUUUUUUCACUACCAGUAUAAUUUAAUGCCCCCCCCCCCGUCCCCAGUGGAGCUGGGAAUUGAAUCUAGGGCCUGUAGACUUACCUUAAAAUCAUUAUUGUAUGUGUGGAUGCUGUGACUUCUGAACUAGGUCUCACAGCCUAACGCCAGGUCUGCUCAUCCUCCUCACUUGGGUGAGGCUUUUGACAACCAAAGAACAACAAAGCCCAAACAGUGUUCUUACUUGAAAAUUAUCAAUUCUAAAGAUUCUUGAAAAAUAGCUUGUAUUCUCAUGUAAGAUCUUAUCUCCCAUAUUUAAACAAAUUGAAAACAUCGCCUAUCUGUCAAGUGAACCCUCCCAAAGAGCAAAGAGUGAGAGAAUUCUGAAUGUGGGGAAGUUUGUCCCCUUGUCUGACGUGAGAGCUUAGCUUGCAGUUGUCCUUGUCUGUCACAGUUUUUAAUGCUGAUGGCCACAAGCCAAAGUAAUUAGAUCCUUACACCGGAGAAGACAGACACCCUAUCUGUUGUGACAGCAGUCUUUCCAGGUUUCUUCUUAGACGUGCUUCUAAAAUACUUACCUCCCAACUUUUUUGGUUACUCAAAGUAGUGGGGGGGGGGGGAAUCACAACCUGUGGAAAUGAAGAUUUUUGUAUGCUAUCAGUUAUUCUCUGUCUCUUGUGGCUAAUGAGGUGUUUAAUUCGACGGAAUGACAGUAAAGUGUAAUGUUAAUGUUAAGGCUGGUGAGACAGGACUCUGGGUGUGUGGUGAGCCCAGCCCUGGUCCCUCCUCCUGGUUCUGUGGAAUGUGGUACCACGUGGAUUCUUACUGGGGGAAACACACUUUAUAAGGUGACAGGCUAUCCACAGUCAGCACCUUUUGCAUUGAUAUAUAGUUCACAGCUUUAGGAAAAUUCAGAACUGGUGAACUGCCUUACUCUCUUAGGGUAAGUCUGGCAUUAACAUGGCUGCGGGAGUCGGAUGUAUUUCUGCUAAAUCUUCAUGCUGAAUCUGCUGUGUCAGCUUGUGAGAACCGCCUUUUCUAAUUCAGACCUGGAAUUAUUUUCUUUUUCUUUUUCUUUUUCUUUUUUUUUUUUUUGGAGCUGAGGACUGAACCCAGGGCCUUGAGCUUGCUAGGCAAGAGCUCUACCACUGAGCUAAAUCCUCAACCCCCUGGAAUUAUUUUCAGUAGUGAAUAGUGAUCUCUAUAUGUCACCACAAAUGACAGUUUUGCCCUGUUACCAUGACCACAGUGAAUCUCCUCCUUCUAUAUUAGCCCAAGCAGACAGUCUGAUAGAAUCAAAUGCACUUGGUGGCUUUGCACUGUCUGCCCACAUCCGCUGCCUUGCCAACGGCGGUAUUUAAACGUGGUUUUUGUUUUGCUUUUGCCUGAACAAGUCAAAUCGAGACAGUUGAAACUUACCUGAGAUUAGGAAGAAUGUCCUCUGGUAACUUACCUGUCACUUGUCUUAGACUCGGAGCCAGUGUGGCCACAGAUGCUGGGAGGCCCUCGUGGCACUGGGGAAAUGAUCGAUGCCUUUGAACUGAAGAAAGAAAGCAUGACUGACAGGCCGAAAGUUCCCACGUCCACUGUAACAUUCUGUCUGAUUUUUUAAUGAAGAUGUCAUUUAAUUAUUUGCCAAAACUAGGGUUUUAAUGAAGUGGCUUCCCCAGUCCCCUUUUUAUAGUUAUUUUCUGGUGUAGACCCUUGAGGUGGCUCAGGGUAUAAAGGUGCCUCUCCCAAGCCUGACAACCUACGCUUGAUCCCUGGGGUUCACACUGUAGAAGGAGAGGACUACCCUGGUACAUUGUUCUCAGACUUCUGUAUGUGUGCGCGCUCGCGCUCACACACACACACACACACACACACACGCGCGCGCGCGCGCGCGCAAGGCAAAUUAAAAGGUAUAUAAAAGUUAAAUUUCUGUUUUAUAAAACGGUGUUUAAUAAGAAAAUAUUUAUAAAAUUUAAGUACAAAAUUAUCUAUUAAAAAUUCCUAUUCCUGCCAGUCAAUGGUGGAGUUUGCCUUUAAUCCAAGCUCUCUGGAAGCAAGGCAGGUUCUCUGAAUUGGAGGCCAGCCUGGCCUGUGGAGUGAGUUCCAAGACAGCUGGGGCGACACAGAGAAACUGUCUCAAAAACAAAACCAAAUCAAAACAAAAACUGCUAUUCCAGUUGAUACUGAUAACCAUUGUAAAAGAGAGCAGAAAUAUCAUCAAUACAAUAUCGUCCCUUUGGGACUCCCUGGGGGGGAAGCAGAUUGUAUUUGUGUCAUUGUAUCUGCCCUGUUUCUUUAUAAAUAACACUCUAGAUUUCUUGCCUUGGGUUUGCAGAGUUGUUGAGAAGCAAACUGUCGCCGUGUUUUUUGGAAGGUGGAAGUGUACUUAAGAUUAUUUAUUAUGAAAUGGAGUACUUCUAUGUAAGUGCGUUGAUGUAAACGCUAGUGAUUUCUCGCUUUUUUUUUUUUGUCUUGUUUUGCUUCUCAUGGAAAUGUUUGUACUUUUUUUAUCAUUGUCUUUUAUGAAAUACAAUGUUCUAAAGAG